AUGGAGUUUUUUGGCAUCGAGACAAAUAUUGCAUGCCUGGGUGAUGACAAGUUUUGGACAUGUGGAGACAGCAGUACCAUGACACUCUACAGCAUCAAUGAAGGUUCUGUACAAAUUGUCAAUUCAAUUAAAACAAAGUCAAGGAAAAACCCAACAGAUAUAAUAAUAACAAGAGAUGGACGUCUAGUUUAUACUGAUUACAAGACCAAAACUGUGAACAUUCUGAUAUCUGAAAAAAAUUAUGAGUUGAUCAGAUUGAAGACCUGGAGACCCCAAAGUGUCUGUACAAGCUCCUGUGGUGACCUUUUGGUUUCCAUGGAAAGUGAUGACAAAAAACAAUCAAAAGUUGUGCGAUAUAAUGUUUACAAAGAAACAAAUACAUAUUCCUUCGCUGCGGAGAAACAAAAAAUUCAGCUUGUUGAUAAGGGUCUACCUUUUUAUUCAUCUGGUAGUUCUGAUAAAUACAUAUGUGAGAACAAGAACCAUGAUAUUUGUGUAUCUGACUGUGGAGCUAAAGCUGUAGUGGUCGUCAGUCAGGCCGGAAAAAGGAGAUUUCGAUAUACUGGCUAUACUUCUGCUCCAAAUAGUAAACCACUAAAUCCAAGAGGAACCACUACAGACAGUCAAAGUCACAUCCUUAUUGCUGACCAUGAUAAUUAUAAGGGAUGUCAAAUCGGUCAAUACUAG